CGCCAAAAUCCAGGCAGCCGGCCUUCCGCAUCUGGAAUUAUUAUACAAUUUCAGCCACAACACAGCAGAACACACCACAAAGAAAUCCAUCAACACUUCUGACUUAUGAUUUAUGAAUCAUUUUUGCUGUCACUGGUCACGAUCACUCGCAAACUCGAAUAGGCAAUGCCAGUUGAUGAUAUAAGAUAUUCUGAGAGAUACACUGACGACCAGUUCGAGUACAGACACGUCCAGUUGCCUCCAGAACUAACUCCCAAAGUACCUACGACGCACUUGAUGACAGAAACUGAGUGGCGCAACCUGGGAGUGCAACAAAGUCCUGGCUGGGUGCACUACAUGCUUCACGCUCCUGAACCGAAUAUUUUACUCUUCCGUCGCCCCAUCAACUGCCCUGUAGAAUAUUUUCACCUCUCCUAGAAAAUGAAUCUUGAAGUGGAAAACCUCGACGAAAAUCAGCUCAAGUCCAAGAUAUUUGAAUACAUCAAGGCGCUGGAG